CUCCCCGGAGCUGCUGCGUUUGCACGCCGCACCUUGGCACGGUACAGCAGAGCUAGCUAGGUUGGCACCGGCCACUGGGCUGGCAAAUGCGGCAGCGUGAGGCCAAGUUGGGCGUCGACGGCGCGGCGGCGCCGUGGAAAGAGCCACCGCUGCCGCAGCAGCGCUCGGCCGCAGGCCGAUGGCUGGACGCCGAGGCGGCGGCGGCGCUGGGGUUGGCGCCGAGGACGAAGAGGGCACCGUUCUGCUCGGUGAUCAACGUCGUGCUCGCGGCCUUCGUGCUGACCGUGCCGACGAUGGUCAUCCUCCUCGGCGCGCGCGCCACCGCGCCGGGCGUCCGGAUCAUCAGCUCUGCCGACGAUGUCGUCCGCCGCGGCGGAGGUAGCAGCAAGCUACAGUCCACAGGCAGCAUAUCGCUGCACAUUGCAUCAUCUUACGACAAGCUCCUCGGCGGCCUCCUGGCAGACGGGUUCGACGAGCGAUCCUGCCGGAGCCGGUACCAAUCCGUCAUGUACCGUCGCAGGCCAAGCAGACGGCCGGCGGCGUACCUCGUCUCCAAGCUGCGGCAGCAGGAAGCCCUGCAGAGACGGUGCGGCCCGGGCACCGCGGCCUACGGCCACGCGCUGGAGCAGCUCAGGUCGGGCAAGAGCGGCGGCGGCGGCGCGGCGGGGGCGCAGCAGGACUGCAAGUACCUGGUCUCCAUCUCGUACCGCGGCCUCGGCAACCGGAUCCUCGCCACCGCGUCGGCGUUCCUCUACGCGGUGCUCACCGGCCGCGCGCUCCUCGUCGACCCCAGCAACGAGAUGGGCGAGCUCUUCUGCGAGCCCUUCCCCGGCACGACGUGGCUGCUGCCGCCGGCCGGCUUCCCGCUGGCGAGCUACACCAAUUUCAGCGUCGCCACCGCCGAGAGCUACGGCAACAUGCUGCGGAGCAAAGCCAUCCGGACCGACGCCGCCGCCGCCGCCGCCGGCGGCGACGUGCCGGCGUUCUCGUACGUCCACCUCGACCACGAUGCCACCGAUCAGGACAAGCUCUUCUUCUGCGACGAGGACCAGAGGGUGCUCCGGAACAUCCCGUGGCUGGUGAUGAGGACGGACAACUACAUCGUGCCGGGGCUGUUCCUGGUCGCGGGGUUCCGGGAGGAGCUCGGCAGGAUGUUCCCGGAGCCGGACACCGCGUUCCACCACGCCGCCCGGUACCUGUUCCACCCGAGCAACCACGUCUGGGGCCUCGUCGCGCGCUACCACGACGCCUACCUCGCCGCGGCGCAGCGGCGGGUGGGCAUCCAGGUGCGCGUCUUCGGCUCGCAGCCCGACUCGCCGGCGCUCCUCGAGCAGAUCACCAGGUGCACGCAGAAGGAGCGGCUGCUCCCGGAGCUGCUCGCCGCGGCGGAGGACGCGGACCCCGCCGCGCAGCCGGGGCCGAGCCGGAAGACCAAGGCCGUCCUCGUCACCUCGCUCAAGUCCUGGUACUACGAGAAGCUCAAAGGCAUGUACUGGGAGCGCGCGGCGGCGGGCGGCGAGGCGGUGAGCGUGCAGCAGCCGAGCCACGAGGAGUUCCAGCGGUUCGGCGCGAGGUCGCACGACGCCAAGGCGUGGGCCGAGAUGUACCUGCUGAGCCUGACGGACGCGCUGGUGACCACGGCCUGGUCGACGUUCGGGUACGUGGCGCAGGGGCUCGCCGGCGUGAGGCCGUGGGUGCUGUACCGGCCGGACAACGAGACGCACGUGCCGGACCCGCCGUGCGGCAGGGACGUGUCCAUGGAGCCCUGCUUCCACGCGCCGCCGUUCUACGACUGCAGGCUGAAGCGGGGGGCGGACACCGGGAAGAUCGUGCCGCAGGUCCAGCACUGCAUUGACAUGAGCUGGGGUUUGAAGAUUGUUCAUCGCGGCUAAUGCUUUAUGCUUGUACGUUGGUGAUGGCGUUAGUGCAAAUGCACAUAGAAUAUUUGUUAUGACUCGGAAUACUGAUUUCUUGUUAGA